AUGUCGCGCACCGGCCGAAGCAAUGUUUCCACUGCCGCCAGCAGCACCAGCACCAGCAAAAGCUUCUUCUCCGUCCCCGCGCCCAUCAAGCAGCUUUUCGACCAGUUCCCGCUGCUCACAUACCCCGUCAACCAGUCUCCGCAACGAGCACCACAGCACCGCCAUGCACACGUCCUGUAUGUCUUCACGACCGAGCACGGCGCCAUUCGAGGCGCCCCCUCGCAUAACCCGGCAUGUCUGAAGUGGCAGGCAUAUCUCCACUUCUCGAGAAUCCCGUUCCGCAUAGCCUCAGCGAACAACCAUGCGUCGCCGAGCGGCUCGCUGCCGUUCGUCAUGCCUAGGCCGCCCGACGCAUCCAAGCAAGCACAGCCUGUUGCAUCGGGCAGACUGCAGCGCUGGGCCAUGAACAACAGCGACGAAGCCAUAGAAGAGCCAGGAGACGGGCGAUACGAGGCAUAUCUGAGUCUGGUAGACCACCGCAUACGACGGGCCUGGCUCUACACGGUCUAUCUCUCGCCCAACUCGGCCACCCUUGCCGAGCCUCUGUAUAUACUCCCCACGUCGCGCAAUUCUCUUGUGCGUCUCGCCAUAUCCCGCCAACUACGCCUAGCAGCCGAGGCCGAGCUCCUCAAGUUCUCGAGCGUCAUCAGUGACGAGACGCUGUACAACCAGGCCGCCGAGGCAUUUGCAGCGCUCGAGACGCUGCUGGGCAACGACGACUGGUUCUUUGGGGCGCAGCGACCGGGCUUAUUCGAUGCCAGUGUCUUUGCCUACACGCAUUUACUCUUGGACGACGGACUGGGCAAGGGCUGGGUGGACACGCGUUUGCGCGAAGCGCUCAUGGCGCGCAAACGCCUGGUCAUGCACCGAGAAAGGAUUCUGACGCAGUAUUUCGACAAGACAUAG